AUCAUUCUUAAUCAGAAUGCCUAAAUUACCCUUGAAUCAGGCUUUUUAAUCUAGAUUUGGAUGUGGGUUAAUAUCAGUUACUGAGUAAUAUAAUGCUUGCAGCUCCUGAAGCCUACUUUUACAACUAUAUGUGAUAAAGAUUCAAAAUGCUUCCUUUGAUAAAGAUUCAAAAUACUUCCUUUUAUUGAUUCGUGGAACCCAUAGAAUCAAAGAUGCACUAACAGCAGCUAGUGGUGUAGUUGUACCUUUCCUCUCUUUUAUUUUGCAUGAUGGUGGGAUAAGCAAUUUGGUUUUGGCUUUUGCAUAUUUUGGGAUAGUUGUUGCUGCUCGUUGGAUUGCUAAGGUUAACACUCCAUCCUUGCUUAAGGCUCUCAAUGACUAUCCUGACUACAAAGUUAAGGCUUCUAGGAUCACUUAGUGUACAAAGGACACCAAAUAUUCUUGUACAAAAGAGAACAAAUAUCUGCUAUAGAUUUGUGGGGUGCAUUCCAAGGCCAAGGAUAUGCAUUACUAGUAUGGUCGAUUAUGUUGUUCCAGCGGUUCUUCAGCAACUUGGCGUGCUGAAAUACAGUUCAAAGCUUCCCAAAUUGAUUGUGGCUAAUAAUGAAAUAGAUUCAGGCAGUGAGGAGGAAGUUAAGCUAUGGACUUGCUCCAUAUACGCUGUGGAGAGGAUGAAGGAGUUGAUCAGUAAAAAAUCAGGGAAGUAGGUGUUGCUGAAUUCCUUUGACAUUUCUAGCAAUUUAGU